CCGAAUUCGUAGGUCGGGCGUCGGGCGGCCGCAGCAUCCUUAUCCCGUCGCUUAAACUCCAACCCCCAUGGUCCAUGGAGAUUGGAGAACCUUGUCCAAGCGCCUUCAAAUUCCUCCCCUGGCCCCGCGCGCUCUGCUCCCCCUGCCCGCAGAUCCCGAAUGCCCAUGCCCGCCGCUGCCGCCUGCCGGUAGGGGCUAGACGGGCUGCAAGCUCCGGCCCCUAGCACCGGGCUGAACUGAAGAGGUGUCAAGGUCGCCGAUAAUCGUCAUCAGCCAGCUGCCACAAACCAUCGCCAGCAACUUGCUGGCAUCUGAUGGCUGGGGUUGUUAAAUGGAAACCGGCAUCUUAUGAACAGAUGGAGCACACGAGAGUUGCAGCAGAGAGGUUGUCAUUCAGAUCUAAUAGCGCCAAGUAUCAUGAUACCGGGCAUCUUGGUCAUUUUGGGAAGGAUGACAAUCUCAUUUGUCGUUCACUUAAGUCAAUAUCAAAACCAAAGGCAAGACAGUAUGUUAUUGUCAAGGUACAUAAUAAAGAUGUUGAUGAGGGUUGCAGCUCCAAAGACGAUGAGAUUAUUUCUAGUCCAUUUCAAAGGGAAGAAGGAAAUCAGCUGAGGGCACUGGAAUCUUAUUUUUCUAAACUCUAUCCCACUCCACAGCUAUACUCUUUACCUCAGAAGAAGCACAAAAGUGGUCAAUCAUCGUCAAAUGAAGUUGAUGAGGAUGCCAAUUUCAAGAACAGGGUAGACUCUUUGCAAGUACAGAUUGUUAGAGGAAACACAGGUAUCAAGAGUUAUCAAAGUCUCCUGGACAUGCAUACAGAUGAUCAAGCGUCUGGUUUCUAUUUGACAAACUUAUUGGCUGCUAUUAAUAUUGCAGUUCUGUUAUUCGAAAUAGCAAGUCCAGUGAAAAGUUCUGAAAAUGAAUAUUUGUCUCUCCCUUUGUUGUAUGGUGCCAAGAUAAACAACUUAAUACUUUCAGGGGAGUGGUGGAGACUACUAACACCAAUGUGCCUGCACUCUGGUUUCUUACAUAUAGCCCUUGGUUGUUGGGCAUUGCUUUUAUUUGGACCUCGAGUAUGCCGGGCAUAUGGUCAAAUGACAUUUUUUCUGAUAUACAUACUUGGAGGAAUCUGUGGUAAUUUGAGCAGUUUCGUUCACACUCCUGAGAUAACCGUUUGUGGCACAGGCCCAGUAUUUUCUUUAAUUGGAGCGUGGCUGGUGUAUCAGAGUCAAAACAAGCAAGUCAUUGACAAGGACGUUUCAGAAAGCAUGUUCUGGCAGGCUGUGAUAGCUGCAGCUUUGAGCUUCUUAUUGAGCAUUUUUGGGAGAAUUGACAACUGGGCACAUCUUGGGGCAACCAUUUCUGGACUUUUCUUUGGUUAUCUGACAUGCCCAAGUGUAGAAUUUGACAAUUCUGCAAAGAACGGUCAAAAGGAAGCCGUGGUUCUUAUUAGACGACAAGCUCAUCCAUGCAAAUCCACUGCAGUCUUCUUCAUAACCAUACUUGCAUUUGCUGUAGUCGCCUUCGCUUAUGGCACACAAUUCAACAAUAUGGAUCUGGAAUAGGUGAAUAGCUAAGUGUUUGUCAUGGUUCAUUUUUAUAUAUUUAGGUAGCCCGACAAGUAUAUAUUCCAGAAUGUGAAAGAGCACGCGAUGCAAGGAAUGUGAAUGAGCACGCGAUGUAAGGACUUGAUUUUGUAGUAUGGAUCAGUUUUAUAUAUGUAACUACACUGCAAUAGUCUAGUACAGUUGGUUUUUGGAUUGACUAGAGCUUGUCAGUGUCCGCAGGCAGGUAAUACAGCCAUGGAGGCAUAACUAUUUGUA